AGUCACAAAAAAGAAAGGAAAAAAGGUGAUAGGAAUCACGAAUAUCGUUCCCUACUUUCCUUCAAAUUCAAGCAAAAUGGACUGGUUUUAUUUUCUAUGGAAAGUUAAAGCAGGCUCUAAAAGAUGUCACUGGAUCCAACUCUGUUCAUUUGGAGAAAGGAUAAGAUGGUUCCAACUUCACUUUUAUACAGCUAAUGUGCAUUUCCACAUUGUAAUGAUCCCUUUUGUGCUCCACAGAGAACAGUUAGGAGAUUGCACUGUACAGAGAACAGAUUCACACUUGCCUCUUUGGAAGUAACCUAUUGGGAAGGAAUGCAUUUUUCACUUGGAGCUUACUGCUGAUUUCUUGUUAUGUAAGUAGACAUCAACAACAACAUUAGUUCACAAUGAAAACAAAAGUGGGGUUGAAUUUUGGAGCAGUACAUUUUGUUUGAUGUGAAGAAGAGAGAACAUCAAAAUCCAAAGAAACAGAGGAACUUUCCAACUUCCUUCUUGGUUGGGCAUUAACAAACAUCACUGCAACCAGGAUAAACUGUCAGCCACUACAAGCAUGAGGCUAAAAGUGGGCACAAUCAUCGGUUUAAUGAGGCGCCAUGCGCUGUACAGGGAAAGGAGAAUGGGCCUACCAUUAGGUUUUGUCUACCUCAUGGAUUUCUCUUCUGUCAUCAUAUCUACGCGUCGGCGUCCACUUCAUGUAUGAUAUAUGAAGGGAGGCACUAGUGUCUCUAGUGCUCACACUCGAAACUGCCAAGAGUUUAAACAUUUGACAGUCUAGCUAGCUUGACAUAUACUGCGCCACUGGAUUUGUAGACUUUGGUUUCAUUUCUCAUCCAUGGAUUUUUGACUAGCAUAAACAAUGGAAACUGCCCGUACCCGAGAUUGAUGGAAAGUUUCAGGGAUUAUUAGUAGGUAAUGUUGUGGAAAGUCAUCAUGGGUAGACAAUUAUUUUGAUAAAUCCUGAUGAAUAAAGAAGUCACAGACACACAACUGUAGACAGUCACACACACACAACUGUAGACAGUCACAUUGUCUAUGGUGGGGGGCCUCUUAAUCAUUUCUCAUUUUCUUUGUGGUCUCCUCCCUCUUAUUUUUUCUCUUGAGAGGUGUUUGAAUUCAAAGCCUAUAGAUUAAAGGAUCCACAUGAGAUACAGCUCAACCACCUUACACCUUUCAUACUACAUAACAGAAAUUGAAAAUCCUUUUAAGAAGGCUGCUUUAUUUGGGGUGAAGAGAACUUAAAAGCAGAACCAAUCAUCAUCAUCAACCAAACACAUUGGGAUUCUGUCAAUGGUGUCAUUGAACUGAGAGGUAGGUAAUCUGCAGUUCAGUAUCUCUGAAUCUCCUAGCUCAUCCUCUUCUUUAGUCUUGCACAAUUGAUCACCAAGCUUUCAUGUCAAAGCAACGAAACUCAGAAGUGAACAUUUUCUAGUACAGAAUCACCUUCUUAAAGCAAAGGCUUUUCUCAUACAUGUAAGGAGAAUUUUACAUUUAUUCAGCUAUCAAACUCAAUUCCCAAAGAGAAAAAAGACUGAUUCUUUCCUCUUUAAGCCAGCAAGAUAGGAUGCCUUUCAGAGGGCAUGUAGUAACUCCUGAAUGAAGGAGUGUUUGAUCUCAUAAAGCUGAUGAAAAGAUGUGUUGUUGAGCAUACUCAUCUUCUAAAAUGUCUAGAAUUCCAUCUCAACUCAAGCAAAAAGAUGAUAUAUUGAUCCACCCACCCCCUCUAUCUCCUGUCUCUUCAUUCUCAUACCCCUAUAGUAGCACUAUCUAUGAAAAAGGAUCAACCCCAUCACCAUCAUCAUCUGUUAGCAGAAUUAGUCCAACACUUCUUCUGAUUAUAGUGAUUCUAGCUAUCAUAUUUUUCAUCUCUGGCCUUCUCCAUCUCCUUGUUAGAUUUCUCAUGAAGAGGCCAUCUUCAUUACUUUAUCAAUCUGGUAGGUACAUAGAAACCUCUGGGUCUAAUGCUUUCCAAAGACAACUGCAGCAACUCUUUCGCUUACAUGACAGAGGUCUAGACCAAGCCUUCAUAGAUGCUCUACCUGUAUUCACCUACAAGGAUAUUGUGGGCUUGAAAGAGCCAUUUGAUUGUGCAGUCUGUCUAAGUGAGUUUUCAGAAAAUGAUCAGCUGAGAUUGCUUGUGAUGUGUAGCCAUGCUUUCCACAUCAACUGCAUAGACACGUGGCUCCUAUCAAACUCUACAUGUCCUCUAUGUAGAGGGACUCUUUUAAGCUCUGGCCUUCCUCUUGAAAAUCCGGUGCAGAAUGGAGAUGAUCCCAGAGAAGCAUCAAACACGUUUCCUAGUGAAGGAGAUCAUGAAGGGUGUUCCUCUAGUCAGAAGCCAGUGACUAUGGAAGAAACUGGCAGCCAGAGGAGGGUCUUCCCUGUGAGACUUGGUAAGUUUAGAAGCUUGAAUAAUGAAGGAACACAAAGUGGGGAGAGAGAACAAGAGGGGACUAGCAGCUCCUAUUUGGAUGCCAGAAGAUGCUACUCAAUGGGGCCAUGCCAGUAUGUGGUUGGCGACUCAAACCUUCAAGUGGCUUUGUCUCAUGACAAUGGUGCUAGCAGUGAGGAGAAGCAUGCCAAAGCAAGAGACCAACAUGGGAAUUGUUCAACUGAUCAUGAGGAUGCGGAAGGGAAGAAAAUCAGCAGUAGGAUCAGAGGUGAGAGUUUCUCAGUCUCCAAGAUCUGGCUCUGGCCCAAGAAGAACAAGGUCCCAAGCUCUUCAGACCCCCAUAUGAGUCUUCCAUUUGCCCCAUAAAUAUGGGUUUGCCCAUGUGAUGAAAACUCUCUGUAUUCUUUAGAUCAAUCAAUGCAUAAAUUAAUUACCAAAAUCUGUUGAUGUUUUUGAUAGUUGAAUUCAGGAAAUCUGUGUC